AGACAAGGCAAAAAUGAUUCAUUGAACAAGAUCCAAAAACCAGCUUCUAAUGCCAAACCUUCCAGCUUUCUUGAAAAGAUGCGAGCGAGGUUGUCUGGUGGACAUUUUAGAAUGAUUAAUGAGAAGCUAUACACUUGCACACGAUGUGAGGAACAAACCAACUGAGAUUUGUGAAAUAGGGUUUGGAUUAGCGUCAAGUGCAAAAAAUGGCAAUACACAUUUCGACGAUGUGAGAAUAGAAUCAACUGAGCUUUCUUUUGAGCCUCAAAAUUUCGACAGGAGAAACGUUUAAUCAUCAUAUGAAAGUCCGAAAUUGCAAGAGCACGUGAAAAUUGAUGAAAAAAAUGUUGGCGAUUGUUCGGAGAAAAUUGAUGAUUUGUAUGAAGAACCUGUACAAACGACACCACCUAGCGUUGUAAUUUGCGAUAAAGUAGAAGUUAAUGCUGAUGCGAGGAAAACACAAGAGGUGCUUCUUGUUGGUAAUGCAUCGGAAAAUUAAGGAGUGGGAUUUUCGGUAUUAAAGAUGGGCAAAGAAAUAGCUCUCUUCUCAAGGGAAAAUCUUGGAAAGGAGGCGCUUAAUUAUUUCCGUGAAGAUUCGUCUCUAUUUAACUUGUAUCAUGCAGGAUACAAAACGCAAAUGUCAAACUGGCCGGAACAGCCAGUUAAUGUAAUUAUUAAAUGGCUGAAAAAACAGAGUCCUUCUUUUAUUGUUGCUGAUUUUGGUUGUGGGGAAGCACGCAUUGCCAAAAGCGUGAAGAAUACUGUCUUUUCUCUUGACCUUGUCUCCAGCGAUCCCGAUGUAAUUGCUUGUGACAUGGCAAAUACUCCACUAGGAUCUGCAUCUGCUGAUGUUGCUGUAUUCUGUCUAUCAUUGAUGGGAACGAACUAUCAAACUUAUCUUGAAGAAGCAUGCAGGGUGCUUAAGCCAGGUGGCUGGCUUUUGAUAGCAGAAGUGAAGAGCAGAUUUGAUCCAAAUACUGGAGGAGCAGACCCAGAGAAGUUUUCAAAUGCAAUUUCUGAGCUAGGAUUUAACUCCGUGAAAAGGGACUUCUCAAAUAAAAUGUUUAUUUUGUUUUACUUCACCAAGAAGGAAAAGCAAAAUUCUAAAAGGAAGGAGAUUGAAUGGCCAUCACUUAAACCUUGUUUGUACAAGCGCCGUUGAGGUUAUGGUUUUAUUUAUACACAAUCGUUGUGUGGACGAAAGUUAAAUCACAUUUCUUGUUAGCAUUGGCUAGUCAAUCACAAAAGCGCUUGUAUUUAUUUGGUUCUUUUUUAUUUUCAAGGUUCCAUCCCCUGUUUUAUUGAGUGUAAUGUGCAUAUUUGCACCUUGUAGCCAAGUGUUGUGGGGAUAGUAGAAUUUUUUUCUUAUAGAAAAGAGAUAAAAGAAGAUUGAUGUAUGAAAUUCCAAUUCUAUUAACUAUACAAUAGCAUCUAAGUUAAUUCAAGGCAAAA